AUGAAGAGAGAGGAUUACCAACAUGGCAUGGUCAAGACCUAUCCCGUUAUAUGGAACUCAAGGCCAAGGCUGCGAGAUCCCGAUAAGCUAAGCACGGCCGGCCUAUUUGCUAAAGUUCCAACCAAGCCCACCAACCACUCCAAGUUCACCGGCAAGUGUGGCCGGUCCAUGUGUCGUGAAUGCCACUCGAACCCAGCUUGCAAGUCCAAAGACAAGGCUAAGGGAGCACAAAAACUUCGAUCUUCGUCCAACAACACGAGAUCAUUGUCAGGGUUUUCAACUACGACCAUUUUAGACUAUAUAGAUGGUGAUUAUGAUUGUGCCAAUCACCUCUAUGAAGGUGGUGAUGAAGAAUAUAUAAAUUUCACAUAUUGA